UUAAAAUUGUGUAUCUUAAAUUUUUUUCAACUGAUGUAUCAGUUUCAACUUAAUAAAUGUAGACAAAUUUGAAAUAACUAAAAUUGAAGUAACUGAACAAGUCUGCCAUGUCAAAUGAAUACGAAAGUAUUCCUGAUAACAAGACCAACCUGGAAAGACUUGUUUCUUUAGCCGGUUACGGAUGGUUCAGUUACAAAUUGAUAUUCCUGUGUGGCGUGGUGGUAGCAAGCGACGCCAUCGAGAUCCUGAGCGUGUCCUACAUUAUUCCACCGGCCACUUGUGAUAUGGACCUCGAUGACCAGAAAAAAGGAUGGAUAAAUGCUUCCAUCUUCAUUGGUAUGACUGUUGGCGCAAUUUUCUGGGGUUGUCUAGCAGACGUUACUGGUAGAAAAACAAUUUUAAUUUUCUCAUUAGCGUUCAACGGGUUUUUCAACUUAGCCUCGGGUCUAUCCAAUAAUUUCUAUUCGUUCGUUAUAUUCCGACUUUUGAGCGGCUUCGGAGUUGGAGGCAACGUGCCAGUCAUUUACACAUACAACAGCGAGUUUCAGACGAACGAGCACCGCGGUAAGUUGUUAACAUUCAUGGUAUCCUUCUGGGCAUACGGUGGAAUGAUUGCAGCCGGCGUUGCCUGGGCCCUCCUACCAGUGAAUUUGAGUAUACAGAUUCAUAUUAAUUAUGUUCUAAAAAGCUGGAACGUUUACCUUUCUUUAUGCUCCCUACCAACAUUAGUUUCCAUGUGUUUCAUGAUGUUUAUGCCAGAAAGUCCCAAAUUUCUUCUGGAACAUUCAAGAAUGGAAGAAAUGAAACAGACGAUGUUGAGAAUAUUUAAACAAAACAACCCUAACAAAGACAUCAGCGAGUUUGAGCGAGGGAAACACGAGCAACAACGCCACAACUUCGAAAGUUCAGCAACUUUUAACAACAGUCACCAAAUUUGGAAAAGAUUAUUUUCGAAAGAAAUUGUUAAAACGUCCAUAGUGGCUACAAUCCUCUUCAAUGUUGGAUCGUUUGGGUAUUAUGGAAUGUUCAUGUGGUUUCCUGAACUGUUCAAAAGAUCUGCCGCCAAUAAUGGAUCCAUUUGUCAAAGUCAUGAUCAAAUGCAAGAAUGGAAACAUUUAACGAACCAAACAAACCCUGUCAAAAUAUGCGAAGUGCCAACUCUAAUUUAUUACGAAGGAUUUUUUGUGGUCUUCUCAAAACUGUUUGGCUACUCUAUAAUAUUACUCUUCAUAGACUACAUCAACAGAAAACCUUUGCUCUGCAUCUCCAUGAUAAUAAGUGGCCUGUGCGCUUUCUUAAUAUGGUUCACGAGCAGUAGCACUCAGAUCUUCAUUGCUUCCUGCUUCUAUGCCGCAGUCACAUCGGCCAUGUGGAGCGUCGUCGACGUCACAGUCGCCGAAAGUUUCCCGACAAAUUUGAGAUCAACAGCGUUCGGAUUUUGUGGUGGAACAGGUCGAAUAUCAUCAGCAAUAUCCAACAUAGUCUUCGGGUACAUGCUGGGAGUCUACUGCUUCUUGCCGUUCCUCGUCAUAUCUGCAGUUUUCUGGCUGGGAGCUGGUCUCUCCUGCUUACUGAAAGAAACGAAACAUUCGAAAUCUUAAUGGAUGCACUUGUAAAAAUAACUUUUGUUUGCACUCACGACCUCAAAAUAGCCUAUCUACAUCUGUAAAUGUAAUUUUAUUUGAUAAUUUAUCAGCUGCCAUUGUUUAAAUUAUAUGGUUUAACAUCAAGAGUUUUGAAAAAAUUUUUUAACCUUUAACAGCUGUGCAUAGAUUUGAUUUGGCAAAACCUGUACCUGAGAAAUAUUUAAACAUCUUAUAAAUAAAUAAAUCGUCAUCAUUUUUAAUUUUUUAGAAUUGUGAAUUUCUAGAACAUUAUGAAUAAUUGCACCAUCUUGACAGAAUAAAUGAAUGUAAUUAUUUGUUUAAUAUCAGAUAUAAUGGUUCUUAAUUGAAUAAUGUUACAUGUGAAAGAUCAGUUGAAAACCU